CUGUUUUAUAGGAAUUGACUUGAAUUGAGCAAUGGGAGAAUUGAAGUCUCUGCUUCGUCUUCAUCUGCUCUGCAAUUUUGCAGACUGAAUUGAAGAAAAGAAGGGAACACAAAUCUUCUUAUAAACCCUCAAAACUCAGUGUUCAGAUUCCGACAAACAGAUACGUAUAUUUGAAGAAACAAACGACCGGCCGUUUUGUUCCUUAAAAAAUUGUGGGUCUGCAACAAAAACAGGGACGAGGUUGGUGUGAACCUUAGAUCUUGGUUUGGGAAUGGCGAGGGGUAGUAGAUCAGUGACGAGCAGCAGCUGGAGGUACUGCCACCCUUCCUAUUACCUGAAGCGCCCGAAGCGUCUAGCUUUGCUCUUCAUCGGUUUCGUUUGCGUCUCUUUUGUGGUGUGGGACCGUCAAACGCUGGUCAGAGAGCACCAGGUUGAAGUUUCUGAGCUGCGGAAAGAAGUGACUGAUUUGCAACAUUUGCUGGGUGAGUUAAAUAACAAACAAGAUACUUCUGGGAAGAUUGACCUGAGUACUAAAGUUACCAAGUCCAUUAAAGAGGUGCUAGAUGACCCCAUUGAUAUCCAGAGGAGGGAAAAAGUAAAAGAAGCAAUGCUUCAUGCUUGGGGAUCUUAUGAAAAGUAUGCAUGGGGCCAGGAUGAACUUCAGCCUCAAUCAAAGAGUGGUGUCAAUAGCUUUGGAGGUCUUGGAGCAACAUUAGUAGAUUCUCUUGAUACGCUAUAUAUUAUGGGUCUCAAUGAGCAGUUUCAGAAGGCACGAGAAUGGGUUGCGAACUCUUUGGAUUUUAACAAGGACUAUGAAGCAAGUGUUUUUGAGACAACCAUAAGAGUAGUAGGUGGUCUUCUUAGUGCAUAUGAUCUUUCAGGCGACAAAGUUUUCCUUGACAAAGCUAGAGAAAUUGCAGACAGAUUACUGCCUGCAUGGAAUACGCCUACUGGAAUUCCUUACAACAUCAUUAACUUGUCACAUGGACGAGCACACAACCCUAGUUGGACUGGGGGUGAGAGUAUCUUGGCAGAUUCUGGUACUGAACAACUUGAAUUCAUUGCUCUAUCUCAAAGGACUGGAGACCCAAAGUAUCAGCAGAAGGUGGAAAACGUAAUUACCCGGCUAAAUAAAACAUUUCCUGAUGAUGGAUUACUUCCCAUCUACAUUAAUCCUCAUAGUGGGGCAGCAGGCUACUCUCCUGUCACAUUUGGUGCCAUGGGUGAUAGUUUUUAUGAAUACUUGCUCAAAGUUUGGAUACAAGGGAAUAAAACAUCGGUCGUAAAACAUUAUAGAGAUAUGUGGGAGAAAUCAAUGAAAGGUCUGUUAAGUUUGAUUCGGAGAUCAACACCGUCUUCUUUUGCUUAUAUAUGUGAGAAGAAUGGAGGAUCUCUCACCGACAAAAUGGAUGAAUUAGCAUGCUUUGCUCCGGGAAUGAUUGCGUUGGGAUCAUUUGGUUACAGUGCUGCUGAGGAUUCACAGAAGUUUCUGUCACUUGCAGAAGAGCUUGCUUGGACAUGUUAUAACUUCUACCAAUCAACUCCAACAAAAUUGGCUGGAGAGAACUAUUUCUUUCAUUCUGGGCAGGACAUGAGUGUGGGCACGUCAUGGAACAUACUGAGGCCUGAGACAGUUGAGUCCCUCUUUUACCUUUGGCGUCUAACUGGCAACAAAACAUACCAAGAAUGGGGUUGGAAUAUAUUUCAAGCUUUUGAGAAGAACUCCCGCAUAGAGUCAGGCUAUGUUGGACUGAAGGAUGUUAAUAGUGGAGUCAAAGACAACAUGAUGCAAAGCUUCUUUCUUGCAGAGACCCUGAAGUAUUUUUAUCUUCUCUUCUCGCCUUCUUCAGUCAUCCCAUUAGAUGAAUGGGUAUUCAACACAGAAGCCCAUCCUCUGAGGAUUGUGACCAGAAAUGAAGGGGGAUUUGAUAAGAACUUAAAUGAGAAGCAAAAACCUUUUUCUAGAAUAGGUGGCAGAAAAGAAGGUCGAUCAGGUUAGAUAUCCAUUCUUCUCUAAUCAUUGCUGAUUGAACCCCUUUUACCAAAUCUGUAGAACAGCAGAUUGUUCUAUUAUGGUGGCUUGUAAGAUGUCAGAAUUUUCUCAUUGGGAGGGGUAAUUAGGGUUCAUUCAGCCACAAAACACCAUCUAAUAUAGGAAAUAGUUCUUCAUUGAUGUUCUUAAAAUGGGUUUAUUGAAGGUGGAACUGAACUUUGAUUGAUGAAUGACCCUUUUGAAAUUCACCGUAGGAGCUUGUUGCCCUUUAUUUUUUAUUAUAUUUUUCUGGAACCAAAUUUUCAGGGUUCUAUUGAGGCAAUAUAUCCACGAAAUACAAGAUAAUCCUUGCAUGUUUA